AUGCAAGGUGGCAGUGAUUGUCAACCACAAAUCAACCUUCGGUCUGGAAUGAUUCAGUCAAGGGAUGAAACUGCCAAGGACUGGCUGCUUCGGGUGCAGCGAAAUAUCGGCACAACAGUUCCAACUGCAGAACAUCAGAGGGCAUGCCGAUCAAUCUUCCUUUCUGGCCUUCGAGAGGAAUACAGAGAUCGGGCAAUGGAUCUUCUGCCAGGUGACUUGCAAAAUCUGGCAGCUAACCUUGAUCAGGGUUUUGGAAAUGCACCGGAAUCUAAGCCAAAAUGUAAUGUGCCUGCUUCUCCGAGGCCUGUGGUGCGUAUGCUCAGAUGA